UCAACCACCGUUAGGGUUUCGUCUUGCCAUUAAUAUUCUGAGAGGCGAAGAAAACAGAUACAAUUCAGAUAAUUAUUUCCAGAAAAUUCACAGUUUUGUCAACAAGAGGAAGAGAGAGACGAGUUAUAAAAAUGGCUGCGAAAGAAGGUAGUAGGAUUUUUGUCGGUGGUUUAUCGCCGGAGGUGACAGAGAGAGACCUUGAACGAGCUUUUACUCGCUUCGGAGACAUUCUCGAUUGUCAGAUCAUGCUGGAAAGAGAUAGCGGUCGUUCACGGGGGUUCGGGUUUAUCACCUUUGCGGAUCGUCGUGCUAUGGAUGAAUCCAUCAGAGAGAUGCAUGGAAGAGACUUUGGUGACCGGGUCAUCUCAGUGAACAGAGCUGAACCAAAACUGGGGAGAGAUGAUGGUGAGAGUCAUGGUUCUAGAGGUGGGAGAGACAGUGGCUAUUCAUUUGCUGGAAAAGGAAGCUUUGGUGGAGGUGGAGGUGGCCGUGUUGCUGAAGAUGAAUGCUUCAAAUGUGGGCGGGUUGGGCAUUGGGCCCGUGAUUGCCCGUCUGCUUCUAGUGGUCGUGGUGGACCUGUUGGUGGUUAUUCUUCACGUGCUCCUGCCUUUGGAGGAUCUGAUGGACGUGCUGACCGUUAUGCUGACCGUGACCGGUAUGUGGAUCGUGAACGCUAUAUAGAUGAUCGAUAUGAUGGUGCUGCACGCUUUGGUGCGAGAGACAGGUUUGACAGUAGAGAAGCCUACAUACCCCGUGAUCGAUACGGCAGUGACAGGUAUGGAGCGCCGGCUGAUAGGUUUGCAGGGGGUGAUAGAUACAGCCGUGGGUCAGACCGGUAUCCUCCAGCGAGCUAUGACAAAGCCCGGUCCUUUGAGAGAGAUAUAGUCCCACCAAGUGCAGGCAGUGACAGGUACAGUGGUUGUAGAGCGGGUGGGCCCAUACGUGGAGGAGAUGAGGGAAGAGGGUUUAGAAGCAGAGCCGGUGCUCCUUAUGAGAGGGCGAGCCGAAGUAGUGGUGGUGGUGGAGGAGCUUAUCCUUCGUCAUCUACAUUUGACCGUUACUAAAAGUCAUUUGAUGCUUUGUUAGUGUUUUAUACACUCCGUCGUCUGUGUGUAAUGAAUAUCUUUGUAAGCGUUCUAGGUUAAAAAACUUUUCUCAUAUGUUAGUUUGGAAAAUUGUUUAGCUUUGUAUUUUGGUUUGUUUUGGAAAACAUUACAUGACUUUGAGCUUGGAGUUUUAUGUUACUUUUAAAA